AUGUCCACCGCACUCCUACCCAUGGUCCUGCGCAAGGACGACUCACUAGUCCUUGCUGUGUACAACGAGAAGGCGGCAAGUCUUACGGAGCUCGGUGGCGAGGCGAACUGCUACACCGGCGACUACCGUGAGUGUGAGGUAGCCUUCAACCCAGCGCGACCGACCUGCUUCGCUCACGCAACCACCACCACGCUGACGUACACCGAGGUUAUCGAGAGCGCCACCGCUGCCGAGGACGAUCCGUGCCGGUUCAGUUUUCAGACGCUCUUCUCCGUCCCGAUGCCCCACGUCGCGGUGAGCCUGGCCUUCUCGCCGAGGGGCACAUACCUCGUGACGUACGCCAUGAUGGAUCAGAGGCGCACCCCCGACGGAAACCUGAGCGUUUUUUCGACCGCCAACGGCGAGCUGCUUCGUCGCGGUAUGCAGGCCCGCUGGCCGGCCAUGAUCUGGACGGCGGACGAGGCGUACGUGGUACGGCCGGUGCAGGGCUGGCUGCACACGAUGAACGGCGACCUCUCUGCCACGACGUCAUCCACAGUGUUGGCGGAAGACCCCAGCGGGCAGAACGGCGAGCAGCAGGCGGACGCUGAUCAUGACGGUGCAGCUGCCGUCAACGGGACACUGAGCAAGGUGGACUUAAUGCUGGCGCAGGACAAGGAGAUUGAGUACGCGACGGCUCCCGCCGAGGGCCGCCCAAUGCUCGCUCUCUUCAAGCCAUUCUACAAGCAGCGCCAGGCCACGUUCUGCGUCUACCGCCUCCCUCAGCUCCGUGACGGUCCGCUGUAUCAGGUAAACUUCGGCCGCGCCGAGACAGCAAACCUUUUCUGGAGCCCGUCCGGCAACUACGUGGCGCUCCUCGUUAAGUCCGAACGGGACCCGAGCGGGAAGAGCUACUACGGCACUGUGCAGUUGCACAUCGUCGAUGUCAUGAACCGUAGGAUCACAGACGUGAAUCUGAAGGGCGAGGGCGAGACCGUGCACGACUGCCAGUGGUCGCCCACGUCGGAUGAGCUUCUUGUCAUUCACGGCAAGAUGCCACGUAAUAAGUGCACACUAUUUAGCAGGAAUGGUGUGGCACAGCUAACCUUCGGUGAGGCGCCGCGUAACAUGGUUGCAUGGGCUCCCAACGGCGCCCAGUUCGUCGUGGGAGGCAGUGGCAACCUCGCUGGUGACUACCAGUUCUACAUCCGUCCUCAGACGGGGCAGGCCGCAGGGGCUGGUACAGGCCCGAACACCACUGUCCCUGUAGCGCCAUCGGCGGCUUGCACAGGUGAGUUCAACGAGAAGUGCAGCUUGCAGCACUGGGCGCCAGACAGCUACAACUUUCUGUGCGCCACCGUCUUCACAAGACUGCGUAUGGAUAACAAAAUAAUCGUGACGAAGCUGAAUGGGGCGCACGUGCUGACCCAGAAGUAUCCGGUGCUGUACGGGGCACACUGGGUGGCGAUGCACGCACCUGGCAAGUACCCGGCUCGUGCAGCCUCACCGCGUACUGCCGGGGAAGAGAAGCCGAAGUCGCAGGCGUACCGGCCACCAGGAGGCGCGUCUCGCGCAGCAGUGCUGCUUCGUCGCGAUCCGGAGGCCACCAAGCAAGCGAAGUCUGCCGGGCCUAUUGGGGCAACGGUCGUAGUUCAGAAGAAGAAGCGGCGACACUAA